CAACGUGUUUACAUUUUGAAACGGGCUAUACUCCCUGUAUGUGUCGUGAUGUAACGGAAGUUAAGACACUGCAUGAUAUGUAGGUGAGGUGAACCAUGGCACACAUUUGCUCCUGCUGCAGGAACAGGGCGGAUCUUAGGACCCGUGGCUUCAUGUCUUGUAGAAUAAUAAAAGUUGGGGUUAACCGUGUGCUGUCGACGCUUCACAAAGCAGCCAGCAAAGUGUGUGUGAGGCAGCGGUGCAACAACAGCCGGCUGAUCUGCAGGCUGUGUGUGCAUUAAGCCGCUGUGUGUGUGUGUGUGCAUGUGUGUGCGCGCGCUCUGACGGGCUGGUCCGUCCGUGUUUUCCGGAAGAGAAGGUGUGAAACAUGGGACACAUCUGAGGUCAGCAGCUGCCCGCCACACAUGAAGCUCAGCGGCUCGCUUGUGCCUUGACGCCCUCCUGAUUGUAUGCGUGUUCAUAAUCUGCGGUGGACGGAAUCACGCAGACUCCGUGCGUCCAAACGGGACGCCUCUGGAUCCCUUUAACAGGAACGCUUUAAAGGGGCUCGAACACACCCGAGCUGCAAUUUGGCUCUGGUGGGACCCUGAACGUGGCGGCCACAGGCUGGCCCAGGUCACGUUGAUGCUGCUGGGCGCUGUCCAGUACUCUUCCAUCCACCUGCUCCGGCUCCUCCCACUUCCACACCGGCCAUGGCCAUGAGCGGUGACCAUGUCUGUGAGAGGCUGGGCCCAGACCCAGACUCACAGACCGGCAGUCUCACAGACACACUGGCAGCCAUGACGACCAAAGACUCGGACGGCUCGGCUACAAACGGCGUUAAGAAUGGCGGGGGUCAGAGGGACGGGGUUCCGAGCAGGAGGACUCAUCCGCUACGGCCUCACCUGACUGGGAGAAAGUUGUCUCUGCAGGAGAAAGGCACUUACAUGUCAGGCUCUGGAGGAGGGUACCCACACACCUCCCCUCGUGUGGCCCGCAGACCCACUGUGGAGUCUAAACGUGUGUCCAUCUCAGACGCUCAGGACUGUAUCCAGUUGAACCAGUACAAGCUGAAGAGCGAGAUUGGAAAGGGCUCCUAUGGUGUGGUCAAACUCGCCUACAACGAGGACGAUGACAAACAUUACGCCAUGAAGGUGGUGUCCAAGAAGAAGCUGAUGAAGCAGUGUGGUUUUCCACGUCGCCCACCACCGAGAGGACCCAAAGCAGCACAGGGAGAGCAGCCGAAGAUCCUCGGACCCCUGGAGAGGGUUUAUCAAGAGAUCGCGAUCCUUAAGAAAUUGGACCAUGUCAACAUUGUUAAGCUGGUGGAGGUGCUGGAUGAUCCUGCAGAGGACAACCUCCACAUGGUUUUUGAGCUGAUGCGUAAAGGCCCGGUGAUGGAAGUGCCCACAGACAGUCCUCUGUCGGAGGAGCAGGCCAGGUUGUACUUCAGAGACGUCAUCCUUGGCAUAGAGUACUUGCACUACCAGAAGAUUGUCCACAGGGACAUCAAACCUUCGAACUUGUUACUGGGGGACGAUGGUCAUGUGAAAAUAGCGGACUUCGGGGUCAGCAACCAGUUUGAGGGCAACGAUGCGCUGCUGUCCGGCACUGCUGGCACUCCUGCUUUCAUGGCACCAGAGACGCUGUCAGACACACGGAAGAGCUUCAGUGGGAAGGCACUGGACGUGUGGGCCAUGGGAGUUACUCUCUACUGCUUCGUCUUUGGGAAGUGCCCGUUUAUUGAUGAGUACAUACUGGCUUUGCACAAUAAGAUAAGGACCAAGCUUGUGGAUUUCCCAGAAACGCCUAAUGCCAGUGAGGAGCUGCGGACUCUGAUCUUACGGAUGCUCGACAAGAACCCGGACAACCGGAUCACCAUCCCUGAGAUCAAGAUGGACCAGUGGGUGACCCAGGGGGGCACGGACCCCCUGCCUCUGGAGGACGAGCACUGCUCUGUGGUGGAGGUGACGGAGGAGGACAUCCAGAACUCGGUCAAGUUUGUCCCCAGCCUCUCUGCAGUGAUCUUGGUCAGAGCCAUGCUGAGGAAGCGCUCCUUCAGUAACCCCUUUGAAUGUCCCAGCAGGAGGGAGGAGAGGUCUAUGUCUGCGCCCGGCAGCCUGCUCAUGGAUGCAUGGCCUUUCCGGCCCUCUUUAAAACUUCACCCCUCACUCAGAAAGAGCAGCACAGGAGACGGACCACGAGAAGGAGAGCUGGAGGACCUGCAUGAAGACGAGCCCUCCUCCUGAGUCUCUAUCUUCGACUUCAUCCACUUUACGCCCCUGUGCUUGGACCACUGUGUGCUAACCCCCACUCAUCCAAAGCGCCACAUGAUGGCAUAUCACUCUUUACGCCGACGACACUCAAGUUUCCACAUCCAGUAUAAUGCUUGUGUUUACAUUCAGAGCUGUAAACUAGGGCUUGGUUUUGUUUCUGCUUCCUUUUCACCUCAGAAUAUUCAGUCUCCCUCAUUUUUCUCUCCCAGUGUGGAGUCUCUUUGGGCACCAAUUUCGAUAACAAAUCUUGCUUGUUUAACCGCUCGACAACUAACUGUUGUGACUGGCAUCAGUGAAUGGAUAAGACGAUGGACUCUCUGCUGGAUUUCUGGAUUUCUGGAUCUUUGGAUCUGGAACUGGAACAGUUCACAUUGUUGUUGUGGGAGUAAAGACAAGAACUUGUCAGCUGCCGUUACACUGCAUUGUGGGAAAACUGUCUAACUCUUUUUUUUGUUUUUUUUCAUCCAUCUGCAUGAUGAAAAGUGAGGCCUCAUCAUCAGACUGUCCCAGCCUGCUGAAAGCAAAAGAAACCCACUUCAGUGACCAUCACGUACUUCUGCAUGUUAAUGACUCUACAGUGUCUCUUCAGCGGUCUGCAGGGCUUUUUAUUUCUCCUCAAUUAUAUUUAAAAUUGUACAUAGAUGUCUCUGACGACGUGUCUUACAUGUUCUGUCCUCGUGUCUGUGCCAGUUGAAGUUUAAUUUGGUUGCUGGGUGAUAAAGAUUGAAGUCCUUCCUGUGCUGCCUUCACUGUCCUCGAGUCUGACGAGGAGAGGAAGUCAUCUGUCCAAGGGCGAUCGCACAGAAAAGGACAGUUGUGAGGAGUCAUUUUACGCCUUUUCUCCUCUUCUGUUAUGUGUUGUUUCUCUUAUUCCUGUUAUCUAACGCUCUCUCUGUCCUUUAACGUCACACCCUAUCCGUUGGUUUGAUGUGAAGUUGUUGUGACAGAAAUGGGGGGAUUUGAAAGAGUGUGUUUUCAGUGAACAGACAAUGAACUGCUCUUAAUGCCUCUACUUUAUAGGAGCCCCCUUCCAAAGUCAUAUAAUGUAAUAUUUAUUUGAUGCAGAGCUUUCUAAAGACAUGAAACAUCUCAUUUUACAAGAUUAAAAAUCUUACAGAAGAAAAGGAAUGUACUCGUAUUAAGUGACCCAGAGUCAGGGACAUUGUUUAUUCCACUUUAUUGGUCACAUUCUCCUCUUCAAUCAGUUUUAAAAAGUCUCAGAGCUCCCCAAAACAUGUCUGUGAAGUUUCUUGUUCUAAAUCCACUCUGAUCCUGUAUUUGAUCAUGUCUAUAAACCCCUCUAUUUCAGCCCUGCUCAGAACAGGCUGUUUCUGUGUCUGUACCUUUAAAUGUAAAUGAGCUGUGGUCUCGGGUGGCUCUGGCUUUCUCGGUCCAUGUCCUAUUGUUUACGGUGAGAAGGCAGACUCAGAGGGCAGAACAAACACCUAGCUGUGGGAGUGUCACCCACCUGGGGGAGGGGUUACUGCCCUUUGUGAUGUCAUGAAGGGAAAAUCUCCAAACGGCCUGUUUGAGCACACAUUUUCUGAAAAGUGGAGCAGGCAAAAGACGGAGAGGAUGGACUUUUCUCAUCAUACAUACACAUAUUAGUGUAAGAGAAACAUGGUGAUGUUUAUUUUGCAUCAUGUGACCUUUAUUGGAUUUGUAUUCCUUUAAUUAUUAUGGAAGAUGUUUUUUCAUGAAGUUUUAUUUAUUGAAUUCAAAAUAGAUUUAAAUGAAAUUGUGACCUUUCUAAGAUAUCACUUGUUGAAUGAGAUGUUUCACUAUCUGGUAAUUUAUGUUGAGAUUAAGGGGGCGGAUUGAAGCUGUUUUUAGGAGUCAAAGGUAGGGCCCACGUAUAUCACAUUUAAUGCUUCCACCCAUCCCUCUCCAUUUUUGUGCUUUCCCUUCUUUUGUAUUUGUAACUCUGUCACCUGGUGUUUAAAAUGGGUACUGCAGUCCAGAUUCUAAACAUUAUAGAGAGCUGUCUCCCCCCCGCCCCUCCUCUCUAGAGUCGAUGCUCACACAGGUUGCCAUGUGGUGGAGCUUUAGUCAGCUCUGCAUCGGUCUGUAAACCUUUCUGUGUUCUAACCUCUCUCCAUUUUUCAAAAGCAUCUCCAAUAUUGAUCCUAGUUUGAGCACGUUUCUGCUCGUGGAGCUUAUUAGAAACAUGCAGAGGCUUUUUAGGUCGGGUACAAUCACUUCUAUCUGAACCACUUCUCUUGCCCGCUUCCAUCACUGCAACACCUGUUGGUUUGACCUGAUAACUGCUCUCAUAUCUGGCAAACCGAGGGGCGUCCAAAACGGCCGUGUGGGGGUGCCUUAAAACCGCCUACCUUCUCUGGUCCAAACAAAUCCAGAGCAUUCAGGACCAGAAUCUAAAGUUAGAAGGAGGACAUACUGGCUGCUGCAUUGUUGUCAGAGAAGCCAGCACUUCAACAUAGCAUGUUUCCUUAAUGUUUGAUCAUACAGUAAGGUCACUUUAUCAUUUCACUCACUUCACAUCUCACUGAUUGGACCUUUAAGUUCCAACUAGUUCUACUUUUAGAUCUAAACUAGCUGUGAGAUCGCAAAUGUUCGGAUUAUCGGUGAAUGAAAAAAAUUAGAUUUUAUUGUUUAUGAUCCUGCUCCUUGUUUUGCAUUCCAGGUUUUUCACUUUAAAAAAGAGGCUGAAUCUGUGGGUUGUUCUGCUUCUGCAGACUCAAAUCAAUGAGCACAUUUCUGCCUCCACAGCAGCUCUGCCUCACAAAUGUUUAUAUAACUCCAUUUUGAUUCUGUCCUCCUCGUCCUCUUCCUCUUCCUCCUCCUCGCCCCCCUCCUCCUCCUCUUCCUCCUCCUCCUCCUCCUCCUCUGUUUGGCUGACUGAGUGCUCUGAUCAAUUGAACUGCAGUGAAAAGGAGCAUUUCAAUGUCAUGAUUAGACGUGAGCUGCCAACAGCAACACUUCUACAUCCACUUCAGAUCCGGCCUCCGUGUGGCGGAUUAGAAACAGAGAGUGCAUUUCCCCCGAUUAGCGCUGCCCUCGGUAUCCUCCAGUGAAGGAUGCUAAGUGAAGCGUGGAGAGUGGAGAGGGGGCUGAAUGGGAAAGCGUUUCACAUGUUGCUGUUGAGCCUCUGUAUUUAGGGAGUUUAUGUUCACAGAGGUCUGGAGAUGAAAAAUCUUUAUAUCGUUUUACUCUAUAGUCCAGAAAACAACUGUUUGACGAGGAUAAGGGAACACCUUCAUGUCUAAUUGUCUGACAUGUUGUAUUUAAUAAGGAGGGUUUUGAUACCUGUAUCUGCUUCCAUUCCUCUCUCUGCAGAGACUGAUGUGACAGAAUGCAUUCAUGUGCACGGUAACCUUCAGUGAAGGGCUGUUUGAACCAAAAAGUAUGAAAUGAUGUGAUUUCUUUGAUUUGCGUCGAAUGGUUUAAUACUUUAUUUGUUGUUUUCUAUAUAUGUUAAGUCGUUGUGUAUCCUGCUUUAAAGUCGUGUCUUUGUACAGACAUCUGUCAUGUCAGAGCGACAUAUUUUAAUGUGUUGUUUUACUUUUUGUUGCUUCUGCUGAAAUAUUUGCACUUUUUCCACCUACAGAAACAUAUUAAAGUUAUCGUGAUGUCAUGAAA